AGUUUGGGUUCGUUGGUAGAGAAGGUGUUCGUUGUAAACGCUGCCAACAAAUAGGGUCUGAGAAAUCUGACCGUCCAUUUUCAAAUUUUGAGCUUGGCUGGUUCCCCAACUCUAUCCACCGAAAUCACAGCUACACCCGUCGUCCUGCAACAAUUUCUUAGCUCUUAGAUUUCAUAUCCAUCUCUUUCUCUCUCUCUACUCUGCAUGUCUUUCCUGAAAGAAAUAUAGCUUCAUUUCUUCGCUCAAUUCUUCAGUUACCUCACACCCUCCUCUGUUUUCAAUAUUUCCAUUCACUUACCCUUAAUUCUUCUUUUAUACAUCGUCUUCAGUAUAUAACAAGGAUGGGAAGAGUUAAACUGAAGAUAAAGAAAUUAGAGAGCACAAGCAACCGACAUGUGACUUAUUCGAAGCGGAAAAGUGGAAUUUUAAAGAAAGCAAAGGAAUUAUCAAUACUAUGUGAUAUAGAUAUUGUUCUUCUCAUGUUUUCUCCAACAGGAAAGUCUACAUUGCUACAAGGAGAGCGCAGCAAUAUUCAGGAGAUCAUUGCAAAAUUUGCUCAACUUAGCCCACAAGAAAGGGCCAAAAGGAAAAUGGAGAGUCUUGAAGCACUGAAGAAAACCUUCAGGAAGCUGGAUCAUGAUGUAAAAAUACAAGAUUUCUUGGGUUCAAGCAGUCAAACCAUGGAGGAAUUAACUCAUCAAGUGAGGGUUUUACAAGCUCAGCUCUCAGAAGUACAUCAGAGACUGAGCUACUGGAGUAAUCUGGAGAAGAUUGAUAACUUAGAACAUCUUCGGCAAAUGGAAGACUUUCUCAGGGAAUCAAUCAAUCGAGUGUGUCUACAGAAGGAAGAUUUAGGAAAGCACCAACUAAUGUCUGUUGAAUGUGCCACCCAGUUACAGGAAGGGAUGACUUUACCCAUGAUGAUGGCUAGUCUGCAAGAAUCUCAACCCCUGUCUUGGCUUUUGAAUAGUGAUAACCAUCAGUUGAUGUUACCCAGUGAACCAAAAUUUCUGCCAUUUAGUGGUGAUAAUACCAACAGAGAUGCUGAGUGCUCCACUGACAUUUCACUCCCAGGCUAUUCUGGUUAUAUUGGGAGUGGCAAACUUGAGGUUGGUGGCUCUUCCCAAGUCAAUACUUUGGGUCAGGGAGGUGGUGCCUUGAACGAGUUAAAUGGAACUGUUUACUCAAAUGUACAGCGUUGUGAGCAGUUUGCAUACCCUCCUCCACCAGAUAUUGAGGAAGUGAAGCAUCACCAAACAAUGAACAGUAAAACAAACACUGUGGAUUACCAAGUUCAUAACAGCUUUGAUCUGCCCAGAUCACUGUUUGAAAAUGGACAUCAGUUUUGGAAUCCUGCUUCUGGGUCUUGUGAGAUUGCCAUGUAUAAUGAGAAUGGCUACCAUAGGUAACUGAUUGGCUCAACCAACUAUACUUAGCUUUUUUCAACUGAAAGGACGUGAUCAGUGCUUGCAAAUUAUCUCCACAAAAACCAGAUCAUGUUGCCAUUCCACCUGAGGUCAACUACGCUCAUAAGGGUGGUCUGUACUAGCUGUAUAUAUUGUAUGAAUUAUAGGAU